AUGGCACGGACAGUCAACAACAGGCAAGUGGUAGUGGUCACAAUAGGGAACAGUCUAGAGGGAGUUCUGGUUUUUAAGUCCGUUGCUAAGUUUAAGCUAGAUGUCACAGAACAAGAAGCCUAUGCAAAGCUCAGGGAGGAGUUCAUUAAAAAUAAGCAUGUCACGGAUUUAAGAGUUGUUGAUUUACUGGUUGUAAAGGGUCAACUGGCACUCUUAGAUGCUGUGGAGGACUUUAGUCAGAAAACUCACUUGAUGAAAUACUUCAAAGACACACAUAACCCAAGACCCACUGAUUUCUUAGGAAAGUUUUAUGCAGGACAUGAUCCUUAAACCAUCCAAAAUAGGAUAAUAUCUAUUUAUCGCACACACUCACACACACACCCUUAUACUCACAAACACAUGUAGACAUUGUUAACAGUGUUGUGUUUGUAGAUAUUCUCUCCAUAGUAAUAAAGCAAACUUGAAGUU